CUUUUUUGGUGGACAGCACGAAGAAGAGCUCGGGGGGAUGCCAUGAAGAAGACCAGCGAGAAGUGUCUCCUGGACCGCAUCCGGAGCUUCCAGAAGAGUGACAAAUCCAACAAGCGAUGCGCAGAUUGCACGGAGGUGGGGCCGACCUACGUGUGCCUGUCCUUUGGGACCUUUGUCUGCACCACCUGCGGCGGCUUGCAUCGGGAAUUCAGCCACAAGGUCAAGGGCAUCUCGGUGUCCAAGUGGACGCUGGAAGAGGUCGAGGACAUUGAGCGCGGCGGGAACGCGAAAGCUGCAGAGAAGUUCUUAGCGCGCUGGGACCAUCGAGAUUUCCCCGAGCCGGACAGCGCAGACCAGCAAAAGUGCCGCGAAUUCAUCAAGAUGAAGUACAUCGAGAAGCGGUGGGUUGAACGGACUGGAGAUCGUGAUGACAAAGAUCGCGACCGCAACCGCGACCGCGACCGUGUCAACGAUCGGGACCGUGAUCGUGGAUUUGAUGGAGGCCGUGAUCGGGAAGAACGGGAACGCAAGGACCGUGACGACCGAGAUCGGGAUAGACGACACGACGACGUUGAUGGGAGAGACAAGGAUCGCGAUCGAAAUCGAGGAUUUGCGCCUGACCGAGAUGCUGACAGAGAUCGUGAUAGAGAUCGACAUGGCGAUCGACUAGACCGAGACCGCUACAGUGACCGAGACAGAGAUCGCGGGGAAAGGGAUAAGCACAGAGAGCGCGAUGAUGACCGCAGGGACCGACGUUGGGAUGACGAUGAUCGCAAGGAUCGUGAUCGUCACGGAGAUGGCCGCGAUCGAUAUGAUGACCGCGACCGACGCGACGAUCGCCGAGAUGAUCGCCGUGAUGAUCGCCGUGACGAUCGCCGAGAUGAUCGCCGAGAUGAUCGCCGAGACGAUCGUAGGGAUGACCGUCGAGAUGAUCGCCGAGAGAAAGAUCGAUACUCCGACCGUGACUUUGAUGACCGUGAUCGUGAUCGCGACCACCGAGACCGCGAGCAUCGCGAUCGUGACCACCGCGACCGGGAUGAUGAUCGCAAAAGGCCUGCAGACAACUUUUUCCCCGACGGCGGAGCCGGAGCGGGAGGCGGAGGCGGAGGCCCAGGCCGUCCGGUCAGCGCCGACUGGGGAGACUUCGAAGGCGCAGGCGCCGCCGCCCCUGUGAUGGCUGCAGCACCGGCAGCACCGAUGCCGGCAGCUCCGAUGCCGGCGGCGGCGCCACCGUCGGGCCUGCUGGACCUAGAUCUGGACUUCACGGCGGCGCCGGCGCCGGCCCCGGCUGCUGCUGCUGCUGCUGCUGCUGCCCCUGCCGCGCAUCCGGAGAGUGCGGGGGCCCCGCCAACGGGUGCGCGGUUUUCCGCCUUCGAUGACCUCUGCGAGCCACCGGCCCAUCCUGGACAGGUUCAGCAAAUGCCUAUGAACCCGCAGAUGCCACAGAUGCAGCAGAUGCCGCAGCAGAUGCCGCAGCAAGGGAUGCCUGGCAUGGGUCAGGGCAUGAUCCCCAUGCUGAGCCCGCAGCAGCUGCAGCAGAUGAGCCCCGAGCAGCUGAUGCAAAUGCAGAUGAUGCUGCAGAGUCAGAUGCAGAUGAUUAUGCAGAUCCUGCAGAGCAAGCAGGCGGCCCCGGGCGUCGUGGGCGUGCCUGGCGCCCCGGGCGUCCCGGGCGCACCGGGCGUUCCGGGAGCCCCGGGGGCGCCCCCGGAGGGUCCGGGGCAAUUCAACGAUCUGGUGAGCGCCUUCCAGCAGAAGAACGCCGGCGCGCCGAACCACGGCCCUCAGGCGGGCUGCGCAGGAGGCGGCUACCCGCCAGCGCAGGCCCCUGCGGAGUCUGGGAACCCAUUCGACAUCUUCUAGCGGCCGCCUCUGAGCGGCUUUUUGCGCUUCAAAGAAGACCCGGCCGGCUGGCAGCUGGCUCGGUGGAAAAUGCGUCUCACCUGGGGCUAAGCGGCCGGAUGUGUUUGGACCGAGAAGUGUUUG